CGCGGAGGCCCUGGCGGCCCGUGACCCCAGCGCGGGACCUGCGCCCCCCGCGCCCCGAGCCUGCCGCAGGCAGAGGGGCCGCGGAGCCCCGCCAGGAGCGCGGCCGGCAUGAGCCAGGUGCCGAGGAAGCUGCCGGAGGAGGAAGAGGGGGACGAGGAGGAGGAAGAGGAGGAGGAGAUCGUGGGCUUGGCGGGCUACGCCGACGGGGCCGAGUCCUUCUCGGACGGCGACGCGGAGAGCGGCGGCGAUGAGGCGUUUUUGGAUUUCAAUGAUCCCUUCAGUACUGAAGUUAAGCCAAGAAUCCUGCUCAUGGGAUUGAGAAGAAGUGGAAAGAGUUCCAUUCAGAAAGUUGUCUUUCACAAAAUGUCGCCGAAUGAGACUCUUUUCUUGGAGAGCACAAACAAGAUCUGCAGAGAGGAUGUUUCCAACAGCUCCUUUGUCAACUUUCAGAUAUGGGAUUUUCCUGGGCAAAUUGAUUUCUUUGACCCUACGUUUGAUUAUGAGAUGAUUUUCAGAGGCACUGGAGCACUGAUAUUUGUUAUUGAUUCUCAGGAUGAUUAUAUGGAAGCAUUAGCUCGGCUGCAUCUUACUGUGACCAGAGCCUAUAAAGUGAAUCCAGAUAUCAACUUUGAAAUCUUUAUCCAUAAAGUGGAUGGUUUAUCUGAUGACCAUAAGAUUGAAACACAGAGGGAUAUUCACCAGAGGGCAAAUGAUGACCUUGCAGAUGCUGGCUUGGAGAAGAUUCACCUCAGCUUUUAUCUGACAAGCAUAUAUGAUCAUUCUAUAUUUGAAGCAUUUAGCAAAGUGGUACAGAAACUGAUUCCACAGCUCCCAACACUGGAAAACCUGCUUAACAUCUUUAUUUCAAAUUCUGGGAUUGAAAAAGCAUUUUUAUUUGAUGUAGUCAGUAAGAUCUAUAUUGCAACAGACAGCACUCCAGUGGAUAUGCAAACUUACGAGCUCUGCUGUGAUAUGAUAGAUGUUGUGAUUGACAUUUCUUGUAUAUAUGGGCUUAAAGAUGAUGGCACUGGAACUCCUUAUGACAAAGAAUCAAUGGCAAUCAUAAAACUGAAUAAUACAACUGUCCUGUAUUUAAAAGAGGUGACAAAAUUCCUCGCUCUUGUUUGUUUUGUCAGAGAAGAGAGCUUUGAGAGAAAAGGAUUAAUAGACUACAAUUUCCAUUGUUUUCGAAAAGCCAUACAAGAAGUAUUUGAAGUAAGAAUGAAAGUAGUAAGAUCUCGAAAACAUCAAAGCCACCUGCAAAAAAAUAAAAGACCCACUCCCAAUGGGACACCAAGAAUGCCACUGUAACUGAGGUUUUCUGGCAAUGUGGCAAGCAAAGUUUUCAUGAAGUUGAUGUGACUUCUGCAUCUCAUUGCACUGAGUGAAGAGGAAAACAAAUGGGACUGAUGUAUUAUAUGAAUUUUCCCUGAACGUUCAGAAAGCACUGUUUUAAUAUUUUUAUCCGAUCAGUUUUUUUCAUAUAGUGAGCACUUUGAGCAAAAUGUUGUAUAUAUAAACAUUGAGGUGAGCACUUGUAAGAAUUUUCUUAAUAUAUGCUGUAAAACUUUUUCAUGCCAUAUUAAGAAAAAACAGCUGUGACAGAAAUACUGGGUACAUAAUUUGCACUUUUUCAUGUUUUCCUUGUGGACUUGGACUUUGAUAAACUUAGUUUUUAUGGUGAUUUUGAUGCAUGGUGUCAGGUGAAAUGUAUGCUGUAGUUUAUUUAGCUGCUACAAUCAAAUUGGUUAGUAAACAAUUAAGAAAACUUGGUACAAUGCCUUUUUAAAUUUGUGACAGCUAAUACCUAACAUUCAUACAGAUCUAAUUUCAUAUAUUUUUCAAUUUGUAAACUGAAGAAUAAUAUUGAAGUAUUACAGCAAUAAGCACCUUACCAGGGAUCGUAACUGGUAGGUAAAUAUUAGCUUUUAUAAAACAGGCUUUUGGCCAAAUUUCAUCCAGAGUUCUCCUUAACACUGGUCAUGCCCUCUCUUGGGUCUGGUUUUAUUAUUUACCUCAGCAUAUACCACUAAAAUAUCUUUCUAUAAAGAUGAUUGUUUUGUAAAAUGGCUCUAUGUUGCACUGGUAUUUUUAUAAGGCUUCAGAGGAGUAUGUUGUAUCUGUACAGCUGGAUUUACAUUGCUAAGUUUGUGUCGAGAGCCUGCACGUGUACACUUGGUGCAAUGAAGAAUCUGUAUGUAUUUCCACCCUGGCAUUCUGAUGUACUGAUAAGUCACAAAGGUGUGAGCACUGGGUUCUGAUUCCCUCUAUCAGGGGUACAUCUGUGGUUGAAAUCAAGAUGAGACCAUUAAAACGAGGACUGGACAGUCUACCUGCUGUAAUAAUCAGCGUACAUCACCUUUUUAUUUUAAUAUUGAACAUGGGCAGAUUUACCACAGGAUCAGCCAGGACAGCAGAGGACUCUCAAACCUAAAAAGAAGUAACACUUACUUUCCAUGUUCUGUA